GGGUCUAACAUAGAAAGCACUCUUACUUCGAUCAUGAUGGAUAAAAUGUGUGAGUUGAAGGCUUUGGGAGGAGCUUGACAAGUGGCUGAGGGGAAUGACACGUCACACUCAAUGCCGUGAAGAUCUCGAAUACCAGGAGCAAGAUAUGCCAGAAAUGUCCGGGACGGUGGCCGAUAUCUCGCUGAUUCACUGGAAGCAGCAGUGGCUGGAGAACGGGACGCUUUAUUUCCACGUCUCGAUGAGCAACGCCGAGCACCUCUCCCAGAUCACGCCACCGACCAUGCGGGAGCCCUCCGAGAUCGUGGACGAACAGAUGCACGUGCUUCACGUCUCGGUCAUGGGAGGGCUGAUCGCCCUGUUGCUUCUCAUCCUGGUGUUUACCAUGGCACUGUACGCCCGGCGGAGGUGGUGUAAGAGGCGUCGAGUGCCCCAGAAGAGCGCAAGCACGGAGGCCACUCACGAGAUCCACUACAUCCCCUCUGUGCUGCUGGGGCCUCAGGCCAGGGACAGCUUCAGGAACUCACGGAUCCAGGCCCACAAUUCGGUGGUGGGAAUGCCGAUCAGGGAGACUCCCAUCCUGGACGAUUACGAUUACGACGACGAGGACAACCAACUCCGGCCGGAAGCCUGCAACAGGGAGGACGAUUUCGGGAGCCAGGUGACCCGGACCCUGGAGAGCCUGGGCCGAGCCGAGGAGGAGAAGCCCAACUUAGCAGCCGCUGAUGUAACCCACGAAACAGUGGAGUCACUGAUGCAGAAGUUCAAGGAGAGUUUUCGAACAAACACGCCUAUUGAGAUCUCCCACCUUCAGCAAGCUCCACGCAGCACUGCCACGGGACGAAAGAAGGGAAGGAGGAAUAAAAGUAGAGGUGUUAUGAGAGGAGAAGACGAUUCUGGUACAGAGGCCGACGACGAGACCCAUCUGACCUUCUACUCAGAGCAACACAGAAGCAGGCGGAAAAGCAAAGGUUCUCCCAGGAGCCCCGUGAAUAAAACCACCCUCACUUUAAUCACUGUGAGUAGCUGCGUCCUGGCUGUGGUGUACGGAGCCCAUUUGACGUGCCCCCUGGUGGUGAAGGUAACCUUACACGUGCCGGAGCACUUCAUCGCUGACGGGAGCAGCUUUGUCGUCAGUGAGGGGAGUUUCCUGGAUGUCUCAGACUGGCUAAACCCAGCCAGGUUGUCCUUGUUUUACCAAAUCAACUCCUCCUCGCCGUGGAUGAGAGAUCUUUGCGGCCAAAGAACGCUGGAGCCCUGCGAGCACCUCUGCGACGAGGACACAGGCGAAUGCGGCUGUCAUGCUGGUUAUUCCCCAGAUCGAGUCCAUAAGCACCUUUGUGUGAGAAGUGAAUGGGGACAAAAUGAAGGACCCUGGCCGUACACAACGCUCGAAAGAGGUUAUGACCUGGUGACAGGAGAACAGGCACCAGAAAAGAUAUUCAGAUCCACUUACAGCCUGGGCCAAGGGUUGUGGUUGCCGGUCAGUAAGAGCUUCGUGGUGCCUCCGGUGGAGUUGUCCAUCAGUCCGCUCGCCAGCUGCAAGACAGACGUCUUAGUCACGGAGGACACCGGGGAAGUCAGGGAGGAAGCGAUGCGCUCUACCUACUUUGAGACUCCAGACGACCUCCUAUCGUCGUUCGGCCCGGUCCGUGAUUGCUCCCGGGAUAACGGAGGCUGCACCAGAAACUACCGCUGUGUGUCUGACCGCAAGAUCGAUUCCACAGGUUGCAUGUGUCCGGAGGGCCUGAGGCCUAUGAGGGACGUCUCUGGUUGCUUUGACUACACCAAGGGCGUUGACUGCUCUGAUGGGUUCAACGGAGGCUGCGAACAGCUCUGCCUACAGCAGACGGUGCCCUUGCCCAAAGAUCAUUCCUCCAGCAACAUACUGAUGUUCUGUGGCUGUGUGGAGGAGUACAAGCUGGCCGCAGAUGGCAAGUCCUGCCUGCUGCUGUCGGAGAUCUGCGAGGGGGUCAAGUGCCAGAAGCUAGACGCCAAACUCAAUGACACGCUGUUCGUGGAGAUGCUGCACGGCUACAACAACAAGUCACAGCAGGUCAACCAGGGUCAGGUGAUCCAGAUGAGCUUCCGAGAGAACAAUUUCAUGAAGGAUUUCCCUCAGCUCGCCGAUGGCUUGGUGGUCAUCGCUCUGCCCGUUGAAGAGCAGUGCCGAGGUGUUCUGUCUGAGCCAUUGCCAAACCUCCAGUUCCUCACAGGCGACGCCAAAUACAGUGAAGCUACCGGCUACCCCAUGGUGCAGGAGUGGAGAGUGAGAAGCAAUCUGUACAAGGUCAAGAUCAGCGCAACCACCUUGUCUGCAGGCUUUGCCAAUGUGCAGAAGGUCUUGAACGGGGAGAGCAGUCGGGAGGAAUUGAUUGCCAUCAUCCAGCAGUACGGCAGUCACUACAUCACCGAGGCUCUGUACGGCUCUGAGCUCACGUGCAAAAUACACUUCCCCAGCAAAAAAGUCCAGCAGCAGCUUUGGCUCCAGUAUCAGAAAGAAACGACCGAGUUGGGCAACAAGAAGGAGCUGAAAUCCAUCCCGUUUAUUUCCUACCUGUCGGGCCUGCUGGGCGCUCAGAUGCUGUCGGACGAGCAGCCGAUCACGGGAGUGGAGAUCGAAUGCGAGGAGAAAGGCCAGUGCCCUUCCACGUGCCACCUUUGCCAUCGGCAGGGCAAGGAUCAAGUCAGCCCGAGCCCAGUGCUCCUAGAGAUUACCCACAUUGAACCGCUCUACUACUUGAUAGAGGACAACAUGACCAAAGAGGCCUUCAAGACAGCACUAAUGAGCUCGUACUGGUGCUUGGGAAAGGGUGAUGUCAUUGACGACUGGUGCAGAUGUGAUCUGACUGCAUUCGACGAGGAUGGUCUUCCCAGCUGUUGCCCACUGCCUCAGCCUCGGUUGAGGCUGUCGACAAGUGUGGAGCCGUCAAGUACGAUGAUCGGCCUGGAAUGGCAGGAUGCCCAGCCUGCAAUAGGAACCAAGAUUGCGGACUACAUCAUUCACUACAAGAAGUUGGACGAUUUUGUGGAUCCGGACCUUUAUGCGGGAGAAUCUCUGAGCUUCGCAGACGACCUUCUUUCAGGCCUGGGGUCUUCCUGCGUGGUCGUGGGCAAGAACUACGGGGAUUCCUCAGAAAUCACCGUGUAUUCCUUAAUUUUCAAGUGCUUGGAGCCGGAUAGCUUCUACAGGUUUACUCUUUACGCUCUGGACAGCAGAGGGAGACGUUCCGAGCCAAGCAGAGUCACCAUGAGGACCUCGUGCCCACUCAUUGACGAUACAAAGGCCGAAGAAAUAGCCGACAGGAUCUACAACCUCUUCAAUGGCUACACCAGCGGGAAGGAACAACAGACUGCCUACAACAUGCUGAUGGAGAUUUCCUCGCCCAUGGUGUAUCGGGUCAGACACCAUUACAACUCGCACUACGAAAAGUUUGGUGACUUUGUCUGGCGCACCGAAGAUGAACUUGGACCCAGAAAAGCUCACCUGAUUCUAAAACGCCUGGACGAUGUGAGCCACCGCUGCUCAGCCUUGCUUCAGAGCGUGUACAUUCAGGGCCACAUAGACUCGGUGACUUAUUUCGUCUGUCGAAUGGAAGGAAGCAGACCCUCAGGGAUGGUCUGGUACAGCACUUUGCACGACGCAAAGGUGACCUGCGACGAAAAACUAAUGGCAGUGUCGCGCAAUAUCUACGGAGACACCAAACUCCGGUGAGGUACCUCGCCGGCUACGAACACCCCAAACGUCCGUUUUAUAUUAUUUUUUUUUUCCGAAAACGUCCAAUAUGGGGAAGA